AUGGAUAUUGGUGGCCUGACAACAGUGGUGGCCAACUCUGCUUACAUCUCAGCCCGUGGGAGCGUCGAUGGCACUGCCAACCCGGCAUCUAACCGAGACAAGAAGUACCACGCUCGCUUGAAGCUGCCUCACAUCACAGUGUGUGAGGGUCUGAGAGAGACUUUAGACCUGGGCUUCCAGACAGUAUGUGUGGAGCAGCCCAUCGGAAAACGUCUUUUCCAGGAGUUCCUGGACUCCAACAAUGAGUACAAAGGCCCCUGCCGCCUGUGGAAGGAUAUUGACGAAUACAACAAUGCAGAGGAUGAAGAUAGAGUCAAGAAAGCGAGCAAGAUCUUGUCCCGUUACAUGGAGCCUGGUGCCAAGUAUUACUGCCCCUUUCUGCCAGAAAAUGGCAUCACCAAUGUCAAAGAGAAACACCAUGAAGCCGGGGACGAUCUUUUCAGUGAGACCAUGGACAGCGUGAUGGACUUUCUCAAGGAAGUGCCCUACACUUUCUUCCUGGAGAGUAUGUAUCUGAAGAGGUUCCUGCAGUGGAAGUGGCUGGAGAUGCAACCUAUGGGAGAGGACUGGUUCUUGGAUUUUCGUGUUUUAGGCAAAGGGGGUUUUGGGGAAGUGUCUGCCUGUCAGACAAAGGCCACGGGGAAACUGUACGCCUGCAAAAAGCUCAACAAGAAAAGGCUGAAGAAGAGAAAAGGCAACGAGGGGGCGAUGGUGGAGAAAAGGAUCCUGGCUCGAGUUCACAGCAGGUUCAUUGUGUCUUUGGCUUACGCCUUCCAGUCGAAAACAGAGCUAUGUCUGGUCAUGACCAUCAUGAACGGAGGAGAUCUAAGAUAUCACAUCUAUAAUGUUGAUGAGAACAACCCAGGCUUUGACGAGCCGCGGGCCUGUUACUACACUGCUCAGAUCAUCCAGGGUAUGGAGCACCUCCACCAGAAAAGGAUCAUCUACAGAGACCUCAAACCAGAGAAUGUGCUGCUGGAUAAUCAAGGUAACGUCCGUAUCUCUGACCUUGGCUUGGCUGUGGAGCUGGCUGACGAUCAGUUCAAAAUCAAGGGCUAUGCAGGGACUCCAGGCUUCAUGGCUCCAGAGCUGCUGAAAGGAGAAGAGUAUGACUACUCUGUGGAUUAUUUCACUCUGGGCGUCACUCUGUAUGAGUUUCUGGCUGCCAAGGGGCCCUUCAGGACCCGAGGAGAGAAGGUGGAGAACAAGGUGGUGAAGAAGCGGAUCUUGAACGAUCCAGUAAUUUAUCCAGAGAAAUUUAGUGAGAACGCCCGGUCCAUCUGCGAGGGUCUGUUGAGCAAAGAGAUCGACAAGAGGCUCGGCUUCAAGGACGGCUCAUGUGACGAGCUGAGGGCGCAUUCUUUCUUCAGCGAGAUCAACUGGAGGAAACUGAAUGCAGGGAUUCUUCCUCCCCCUUUUGUGCCAGACUCCAAGACAGUGUAUGCCAAAGACAUCGAUGACGUCGGGGCCUUCUCCACAGUAAAAGGCGUGCAGCUGGAAGACAAGGACAUGGACUUUUUUGAAGAGUUUGCUUCAGGAAACAUCUCUAUCCCGUGGCAGGAGGAGAUGAUCGAGAUGGGGAUCUAUGGAGAGCUCACAGUCUGGGGUCCGGGCGGCACUUUGCCCAACGACCUGCGACGUGAAUCCAUCCUGGAGCAGCCGCCCAAAUCCUCCACCUGCACACUGUCAUAA